AUGCCGUUGCGCGGAAUUAGAACAUCUACGGCGGCCAGGAACGGCGCCGGUGCCUUCAUCCUACAAUGCAAACGCCUUGACUUCCAUUACUGCAACUGGGCGGGCAGCUCAAAGGGCAUGGUUACUUUCUUAGAGAAACACCUCCCCGCUUUCGCCCGCGAGAACCCUCAGAUUGAAAUCCGUGUCUCUCCCCGACCCCAGAAGCACCCCCUGAUUAAGGGCCUUUAUAUCAAUGGCCGUGAGAAGCCCGUGUGUGUACGGAACUUGGAACCUCACGAAAUCCUGAAGAAGGCAAUUCUCCUCAAAGAAGCUAGUGGAGAGAAGUUGAAGCGGGUCAAGAAGCCAGUCACAAUGAGCGUACUAGGAUCAUCCUAUAUCGCCCCUCAAAUGCGCCAAAAGCAAAAGGCUUGGGUACAUGCUGUUCAGGAGAGAGUCAAUUUUACUUCGAUAAUGCUGAAAGAGCUGCGCCAGAUCAAAAUGUUCGGUAUUGAAUCAGACGUGGCAUUCAAGACAAACGGUCUUCGUGAGUUGGAACUCCAUCAAUCAAAGCCCUACCGAUCAAUGAUUGUCGGUGUCAAUGUUUUGAGUGCGUUGUCGACUGCCAUCGCCCCUGCCCUAACAAUAGCCAUGUACGCCACUACACAGCUGAACCUCAGGCUAGAGACACCCAGUACUGAUGUUGCCUUCACAAAUCUGUCCUUAAUUUCUCUUUUGACAAACCCGGUAGUACUACUAUCUGUCUCCUUGACUAGAUUCACAUCCGCUAUUGGCUGUUUUGAUCGGAUUCAAGAAUUUUUUUGCAAGAAAAACCGAGUACAUGGGCUCUCAUCUGUCGAUGAAUACUUGCUGCCUGAGAACGUGUUAGGGAUGGAACCCGAAUCAGUGCCGACUCAGUCACAACCUCUUGUCUGCAUGACUGAUUGCUGCUUUAGCCUGGGCUUAGAGGCUCCAGCAAUACUCCAUGGACUAACUUUGAAGAUCCAAAAUGGUUUUUUUUUGGCUGUGACUGCCCCCCUUGGCUCUGGCAAGUCAUCUUUACUCAAAGAUAUGCUGGGUGAAAUGCAUUCUACGGAAGGAAUAUUGACUGUUCGUUCGGUCAAACAGGCGUAUUGCCAGCAAGCUCCAUGGAUAUUCAAUGGCACACUAAGAACUAACACUAUCGGAGAAUCACCACUCGACGAAACGUGGUUCAAAGAGGUGGUAUAUGUCUGCAACCUGGAUUUUGAAACCACAACUCUUUCUCUUGGACUUGACACACUGACUGGGAGCUCGGGAGCUGAACUUAGUGGAGGGCAGAAGCAACGAGUGCGACUCCUCGAUCGUGCUGGCUUGGUCAGGAGGCUGGGUAUCGCAACCAUUCUUGUGACAACAGCUGUGGAACACCUCAAAGAAGCCGAUAAUUUGAUUGUUCUUUCAAAGGACGGUCGCAUGGAAUGUCAAGGACUUUUCGAAGAACUGGCGAAGAAGAAUCAGUACAUACAGAGUCUUUUGUGUUCCCCAAGUCCGGAAGACAGUGAAGUCGAAGAAGAGAGCAAGGACAACCGUUUCCAAAAUCUCCAGGGUGAUGGGGACACCUCACUCUACACGUUUGGUUGGUGGGCAUGUGGGCUAACGCUGGCAUUCACAAUUCUAUACGUGUUUUGUAUUGCAUUUCCGCAGGUCAUGCUUAGCUGGUGGUUUGCGAUGGGGGUUUUUAUCGGGUUCUUUUUUGUCUGGACUGUUCCCAGAUCGGCUGUUAAGCUGCAUGAGGUCUUCUUGGGUACAAUAAUGAGAUCGCCUUGGCCGAGCCUGGCUCGCAUAUAUACAGGAAGCUUUUUGACCUGUAUUGCACAAGGGGACUUGAUCGCUACUGGAUCAGGCUUCAUGUCUGUCAUAAUACCCUUCUGCAUCGUUGCGGUAUGGAUAAUUCAGGCUUUCUACUUGCGUACUUCACGACAGAUCAGACUUCUCGAUCUAGAAGCAAAGGCUCCUCUGUAUGCCCACUUCAUAGAAACGACAGAGGGUCUAACUACUGUGCGUGCACUUUGUUGGCAGCGUCAAUUUGCAGAUCGGAACACCGAGCUCCUCGAUACGUCCCAGAAACCAUUUUACACCAUGUAUUCCAUUCAGCAGUGGUUGCAGGUUGUUUUGGAUCUACUUGUUGCGGGCCUUGCCACCGUUCUUGUUUCCCUAGCUGUUUUUGUGACAAAGCAAAGUAGCUCUGGGGCCGUCGUUCUUGAGACUUCUCUAGGCGCAAUUGCAAGGGUCAAGCAAUUUGUGACUGACCCACAGCUACAACCUAUUGCCAGAAGAGAGAUGGCUUAUCUCAAGCGCUGGCCUUCGGAAGGUCGAAUGGAAUUUCGAAGGGUUUCUGCUUCAUAUGGGGGGCAUGAUUCCGUUCCAGCUGUGCGGGAUAUCUCAUUUACACUGGAAGUGGGAAGAGUUCUUUACUUGCUUGCAUUUUCUCUCUCGCGACGAUCACGUCCGGCGAAAUCUACAUUGACGGCAUUGACAUCUCAACCGUUCCCAAGGAAAAGCUUCAUUCUGCAUUGGUCCCAAUAUCCCAAAAUCCCAAAAUCCCCUGAUUCUUCCCGGUUCUGUUCGCCAAAAUAUUUCCUUGGGAAUAUCAUCAACGAUUGA